AUGCAUUCCAGGACCGGAUCGCAACUCCGAAAAACCCGGCUUUUUCACAUAUUCUACCUUGUCGCUCUACCUGUCUACACGAUGAUUGGCGCUAUUAUCUUCCAGGCAUUGGAUGGUGAGCACGAUGAUCGUCUACUUCAUGAAUAUCAGAUACGCUGUCAGGAAGACCGGGAUCUGAAACUAAGCUCUAUCCAACAGUUGUGUAGUGAUGGAGCCAUCUGCUUUGAAGAGAUGAGGAAACUAGUGUUUGGUGUUGAUGAAUGCUAUCGAAAUUGGCACGCUCACAACCGUACCGUCACGCAUUCAAUGAACAACUUCACAAAUGCGCUUGUCUACGCAUUCAGCGUAUAUACUACGAUCGGUUACGGCAACAUGGCUGCUGAUACAUUCAACUGCCGGCUCGCCACGAUCAUCUACGGUGCAUUGGGGAUUCCGCUUUUCUUUGCGUUUGUUAAGGAAGAGGGUAACCUUUGUCGUGACCUUUUCAUCAUCGUCUACAAAAAAGUGCGCAAGGCCAGAAAUAACUGCCUGUGCUCUCGAUAUACUGAGGUGGAUAAAUUAUCCAAUCCAUCGACUACUUCAAAGGGCCCAACGCCACUUCCGACAUUUCAAAAUGGGCAUGUUGGGAAUUGCUUGACAAUACCCGCAUCGCCAAAUCCAUCUUACAACUCGCAAUUGUCGCCUAGCCUUACGACACCAAAUAGUGAAAUGGGUGAUCUCGCCAAUGGACUCCUCGAACAUGGCGUAAAUUACCAUACCCUGCAGAGAAAACUAAGCACUGGAAGCCUACUUGGUACCAAUAUUCUUGAUGAACAGCGCAAGGUAUUCCUCGCCGGCUGCAUCGUCUUCGUGCUGUACAUCCUCUCCGUGGCUGCUCUAUUCUCACUGACAACUGAAUUUGACUACUUCACCUCCGUGUACUUCUUAUUCAAUAGCGUCGCGCUUAUUGGAUUCGGGGACGUUUUCCCACAAGAUCCGGCGAAUAUCUUGAUGCACGCCGCUUUUAUGGUACUCGGCGUAGUACUCUUCUCAAUGUGCUAUUUCAUUCUCCAGGAAGAAAUCCGAGAAAAGGCCGUUGAAGCGUCGCGAAAAGCGCGGAUGUCCAUCUCGAAAUAUUCGCAUUCCUUGGUGGCGAGGAGCCCGUGGUCAAGGAGGAACAGCCCAUUAUAUGAAGGGGAUGCGUCGGAAUCGGCAUUUGACAGGCUGAAGAAGAGGAGACAGUCUGCCCCUGCAGUUGCCGUCACCGGAGCGAAUGGAAAAAUUACAAAGUUUCGUGAGAUU